UUGGUCACUUCAGUUUGAUAAUUUUCGAUGGGCGAAUCCCAGUUUUGCAGAAGGAUUCAAUCUUAUCCAAAACGAAGCUUCAAUUUCACGACCAGACUGCUUAAAAGUGAAGAUCAAUCUGCAAAGAAAUGGAGAAGAACAGACUAUGAGGCCCGAGAUCGUUCUAUUUGGUGAUUCUUUAACCGAGCAAUCCUUCAGUGCAGGUGGAUGGGGAGCUGCGCUUGCUGAUACUUACUCUCGCAAGGCGGAUGUUCUUGUUCGUGGCUAUGAUGGUUACAAUACUCGCUGGGCUUUGAUUUUACUUCCUCAUGUUUUCUCCUCGAAACGAGCCCCUGCUGUGGUGACAGUUUUCUUUGGGGCCAAUGAUGCCACUAUUUUGGGGGGAAGACUUGGGAGACUACACGUACCCGUUGAAGAGUAUAAAGAUAAUCUUAAAACAAUAGUAAAUCAUUUGAAGGAGUGCUACCCAACCUCACUGGUUGUACUUAUUACUCCUCCUCCUGUUGAUGAGGAAGGGCCCAAGGAAUAUGCACGAUCUCUUGCUGAUGAAGAAGCAUUGGAAUUUCCAGAAAGAAGAAAUGAAGUAACUGGACUUUAUGCCACCAAAUGCCUCGAACUAGCUAACGAAAUGGGCCUUCACGCCAUUGAUUUAUGGUCCAAGUUGCAGGAAACGGAGGGCUGGCAGAACAAAUUUCUCAGCGAUGGAGUGCAUCUUACACCAGAAGGCAAUGCAAUUGUGCACCAAGAGCUACAGAAAGUGCUUAAUGAAACACCAGUUUCUGCUGCAAAAUUGCCUCUUGAUUUCCCACAUCAUUCCAAGAUUGAUGGAAAAUGCCCUGAAAAAGCCUUCCAAUAUCUUUCCUUGCUAUCCUCUCAUUAUCUUAUAUGAUCACACGUCAUCAUCGGUUUAAUAUUGUUUGAAGGGGCCAUGGCUAUGAUAUAUUUGCAUUUUGAUUUAUAAUUACUUACUAAAUGAUCAUUAGUAAGUAAUUAUAAUUAUUACAAUGUAGAAUAUCCCGAUUUAAAUAAUUCUAACUCAGUAAUUAAAUAUA